AUGUUGCGGUUAUUACUGGUCAAGAGUCAGAAGAUCAACAUCUCCGUAAUCGAUUCUCUAUCUGGUGUCAAUGGUCCAACAUGGUUGUUAGAGUUGAUAAAUGUAGCACAUUUGGCAUCAAAAAAGUUUUAUCAAAAUCUAAACCAGUACCUGCCGAAGCUUUUGAUCAAUAAGGAUCUCAUACCAACGAUUAAGACUGGAGAAUCAUUUGAGUAUUUGGGACGACAUUUCGACUUUAACGUGACUAAUGAAAAACAUAUAUCUAAAGUGAUUUCCCUCAUUUAUGAACUAAUGUCCGAAAUAGAUCUUAAACCUCUUCACCCAUAAAAACAAAAUUUUACUUUACAGUCGUUAUGUUCUGUCGAAACUAUCCUGGCAUUUUACUGUUGCUACGAUAUCUAAAACUUGGGUAGUCGAAAAUAUCGAUUCUUCGGUGAACAAGUACAUCCGAAAAUGGCUGGAAAUACCUAUAUCUGGAACACUAAGUAACGUUUUUCUAACCCGUUAUAAGUUUGGUCUAAAUAUCCUCCCUACAUCAGUCAAAUUCAUUCAGUGUCAAACAGUUCUACGCUAUGCCCUAAAAACAUCUCCAAACGAUUCAAUAAACGAACUGUGGAAGUCAACUAAUAAUCAUACUAACGUUCAAUACGAUAGCUACAACUCAACUAAAGUCGUUUUAAAAACUUUCCAUUCUCUACAAGAAAAUAAACUUAGGAACCGUUUGAAAUGUCCAGGUUCCUUUUUCGAAAAUGUUUCUAAAUUCUCGCUAUUACAACUUAACGCAAUCUGGUCGGUAUCGCAAUCAAAGCUACCAAAAAACAUUUUCAACUUUACAAUUCGUUAUAUAAAUAAUACUGUUCCUACCCGAAAGAACCUCAGUAGAUUGGGAAUUUCAUCAAGUUCUGACUGCUCGUUCUGCUUACACCCUGAAUCACUUCUACACGUUGUUGCCGGUUGUCAAUAUUACUUGGAACGAUUUACUUGGAGACACGAUUGCAUACUAAACUUUCUUGCAAAAACUUUUCAAAGUUUAAACGAAUGCAAAUUACAUGUUGAUCUUCCUGGAUUUGAAAGCCCCUCGAUUAUUACGGGAGAUGAAUAUCGUCCUGAUUUACUUGUCUCCACUUCAGAUAAACAUCUCUACGUCGUUGAACUUACCGUAGGCUUUGAAUCAAACCUCACAAACAAUGUUAACCGCAAGAAAGCUAAAUAUAAAAACCUAAUUAGAGAACUGGAUCAAAACUUUACAUCUGUCAAAUUUAUAAAUCUUUCUGUCAGUUCGCUAGGGGUGUUUGACAAAGAAUGUCAUACAUUCGUAAAAAUGCUAAAUGAGUUAGGACUGGAUAAUCAACACCAACAAUAUUGUAUCAGAAAAAUUAUAUCUAUUGCCAUCCGAUCAACGUACUACAUAUUUUGCUGUAGAAAUAAAGAAUGGACAAAUCCCGAACUAAUGAACAUUUGA